UGUAUACAAAUGUGCAGUUGGACAGAGCAUGUAUGAGGAGUAAGCCAAAAUCUUGUCUUGGUGGUUUUGUUUGGGCCUUACAGAUUUGGAUGUGGGAGCGUAUCCCUGUGGGCCGUAACUUGACCAUUGCUCCGGAAGAACCUUGGGAGUGGCCUUUUGACGGGGAUGAGGAGCGGUAUCCCACUAUCGCAUACACGUGGGCUAAUGUCCAAGUGUCUAGUAUCGCAGCCAUGGGGCGGUACAAGGCAUACAUAAGCGAGCUUGACAUGCUUACUUACAACCAGGUUAAUUGGAGGCCGUACAUGGUACUUAGGCAGUUCCCUUUGAGCAAUAUGUGCUUUCGUGACCAGCAUCUUUGGCGUGUGCGUUGCCCCAUGAUAUGCUUUUUUGCGGUGGAGUGGCAUCUUCCACAUCGUGUUCCGAAGCAAUUUGGAGUACAACAACGCACCCCGCCGGAGACGAGGCGGCAACACAACAAGAAUGUCAUUAAUUGGGAGGAUCACCAUCUUAUGUGGGUGGACAUGUGGAAUGCUCAGAGGAAUGCCCGAGUUGAAGAUGAUCACACACCUGACAAUGAUGAGGGGGCAUAUUUAAGGCAUUUGGAGUGGCUUCGCAAAGAGUACAGAGUUAUCCUUAAGGGUGCUUGGACUCGUGCCGAUUGCUUGGAAGUAAUGCCAAGUGAGGCUGCUGAUGGUGCAUUCAACAACUCUAUUAGGAGACCAUUGAAGCGCACCUAGAUUAUGGCCCUCUGCAUG